AGAGACUUGGGUUUUAGCAAAAUAUAGGUGACAUUUCUUUCUAUCUAUCUAUCUAUCUAUCUGUCUAUCGCUGUGAUCUGAUUACUCUCUCUGUUUGGGUAAACCACUUAGGUUACCAGAAUUCUUCUACUGUUUUCUUCUAACAACUACUGUUAGUCUCUCAUUGUAAAAUCUAACAAAGAAAAAAGUGAGAUUAUUGAAAGAUAUACUUACCCAACAUGUCUUUCCUCAACUAGUAUAUUUUAUUUUUUUUCUUUGAUUUUCUUUUUCUCUUGUUUAAUUUUCUGGGAAAGUUGAGAGGAAAAGUAAGAGAGAGAAAGGUAUGAAGAGGUCGCCUUCUUCGUCUUGUUCUUCUUCCUCUUCCUCCUCAUGCGUGGAGCCUGAAAUUGUUCAGGUCCAAUCCGAGAAACUGAAGGUGAAACGUGCCAGGAAAGAGAAUAUUGGUCGACAAAAUGUGAAAACCCAAACCUCUGCCUCUGGAAGAAGAAGCUCCAUUUACAGAGGAGUCACCAGACAUAGAUGGACUGGUAGAUUUGAAGCUCAUUUGUGGGAUAAGAGCUCUUGGAACAAUGUUCAGAACAAGAAAGGAAGACAAGGGGCCUAUGAUAGUGAGGAUGCAGCUGCUCGCACGUACGAUUUAGCUGCACUUAAGUAUUGGGGUCCUACAACAACCCUGAAUUUUUCGACAGACUCAUAUACAAAAGAAAUGGAAGAAAUGGAAAAGGUCACUAAGGAAGAGUACUUGGCCUCUUUGCGGCGCCGUAGUAGCGGCUUCUCUAGAGGAGUUUCUAAAUAUCGAGGGGUCGCCAGGCAUCACCAUAAUGGAAGGUGGGAGGCUCGAAUUGGACGUGUUUUUGGGAACAAGUAUCUGUACUUGGGAACUUAUAAGACGCAAGAAGAAGCUGCGGCAGCAUAUGACAUGGCGGCCAUAGAAUACAGAGGAGCAAACGCUGUGACCAAUUUCGAUAUCAGCAACUACAUCAACCGAAUCAAGAGCAAGACCGGUGAACCAAUCCUUAUUCCUGGCGCUGAACCCGAACCAGAACCUGAAGCUGAAUUUCAACCCCAAUCACCGCCGCCAAAAGAGGAAUCGACGGUCUCGUCCGGGGAGAAUCUUCAGUGUUCUCAGCUUCUUCCUUGCAUGGACUCUUCAACAAUGGCUGCCGUGAUGAUCGACCCUCCGGUCGACCACGAUCUCAUCCCUUGGAGCUUCCUGGACGCCGGAUUUGUUCAUCAUCCGGUACCAGAUCUGCCGAUCGAGAAGCCAGGGGAGUUACUGGACUUGUUCGAUAACAGUGGAUUUGAAGAUAACAUUCAUAUGAUAUUUGAAUCUGGUUCGGGCGAUUCCAGUGAGGACGAUUUCUCCGCCGUCUUUAAUAAAUUGGAUAACAGAUCAGGUAGUUUUGGGGUUCUUGAGGUGGACAAUAACCAGAUCACCGGCAAUGGCGGAUCGGGGAACGUGGAGGAUGGCAGUAACGGCCGGAGAGAUCAGAUGGAGCUGUUUUCUUCUUCUUCUUCGUCAUCAUCAUCAUUACCUUCAUUUUCUCCGUCAUCGUCGUUGACGGAAACUCCAGUGUCUUGUAUGUAAUUUCAGGUUUUGGUGUUGUUUUACUAAAUGAUGAGUAGGGAUUUGGAUGUUUUUCCUGGAUGUUUGGGGAAAUGUUCAAUUUUCUUUCUUCUUCCUAAAACAAAAUUACAUUUUUCUUUGUUUGGCUAGGGGGAAAAUUGUUCGGUUAGUUAGUUUAUUCAUAGAGGAAAAUAGAAAAAUUGAAAAAGUAGAAAGAAAAAAAAAAAGAUAGAGGACACAUGUUCGUUGGGAAUCUAGAUGAAAAGGUAAGUUAAAAUUUUCUUACUUUUGAUAUGAUAAUAUAAUGAUAUCUAUCAGUUGAAAGGAGUUUAA